GCUGAACUAAUCUUUAGCAAAGCUUUUACUGUGUUUUUGCCAUAACAAAAUUGAAUUGAGUCUAAAAAGAAUUUAGAGUCGGGCUCGAGCCGGGCGGUCCAGGAAAGACUACCACCCGGGCCGGGUCGGAUCAACCGAUUCGCAUGAUGGGUCAAGCAGGCCUCGACUUUUCUUGGCCCGGCUUGUUCCGGGCGGGCUAUCAAAAAUUCACCCGAUUAGGAGCUCUGGUAGUUACAUUCUACCCAAAUGUAUUUUUAUUGUAGCUGGCCAUCAAUGAAAAACGAAAUGCUCGUACAAAACUUGAACGAAAAAUAGCUGAAAAAAAACAAGCACUGGCAUUAUAUCAAAAUAAAAAAAUUGAUUUGGCAAAAGAAGAAAAAAGUUCACGUGAAAAAGAAAAGAAAAUACAUGAAGAUAAAUUAAAUAAACUUAAUGACCAUGCUAAUUAUUUGAAUGAUUAUAAUCAACGAUGUGCCGAAUUAACAAUUGAAAGUUGCCGCUUGGCAAUAUCACGUUAUGAACACGAAAAAGCAAAAGCUGAUUUAGAAACACACAAUGAAGAUUUAACAAAAAUCAAAGAAGAAAGUGUUCAAAAACAAAAUCAAAUGAAAGCGAGUGAAACUGAAACUAGAAUAUGUGCACAAAAUGUGAUAAAAUCAAUUGGAAAAACAUUACCAACAAAUGUAUCAUUAUUAUCAAAUGAAAUAAUUAUGGAAGUCAAAUCGAAAUUCGUCGGUUUACCACAAACAAUUCAAGAUCUUGAUACCGAUAUCAUGAGUUUUACAGCACAGUUAAACUGUCAAUCGAAUGUUAAAGAAGAUAUUAUUCGUGAAUAUCGAAAUCAAACAAAAAAAUUAGCCGAUUUAGAAGGUCGUCGUCAAGGAUUAGAACUUCGUAUAAAUCAGCAUCAAUCAACAGCUGAUAAUAGUAAAGAUAACUGGUUAAAACAAGUUAAAGAAAUGAUUUCACAAAUAAAUGAAAAAUUUGUCGAUUUAUUUAAUACAAUGGGUUGUAAAGGAGAAAUAUGUCUUGAUGUACCAGAAAACGGAGAUGAUUACGAAAAAUACGGUAUUAACAUCAAAGUACAAUUUCGUGAUGGUGAAAAAUUACAUGAAAUGUCAGAAUUUUUACAAAGUGGUGGAGAAAAAAGUGUGUCAGUUAUGUUGUACAUGAUUGCAUUACAAAACAUGACCAUAUGUCCAUUUCGGUGUGUCGAUGAAAUCAAUCAGGGUAUGGAUCCUCAAAAUGAACGUCGUGUAUUUGAAUUACUUGUACGACAUUCAUCUGAUAAAGCAAACUCACAAUAUUUUCUUCUAUCACCAAAACUUCUUCCAGAUUUAAAAUAUAGCAAAAAGAUCAAAUUAUUAUUUGUUUGUAAUGGUGAAGUAGCUCUUAAAAGUCAUGAGUGGAAUGUAGCAAAAUACAUUGAAAGACGAAAAGCAUUGCAAUCAUUGUAG